CUUUUGGUGGGAAAAUGAGAUCGCAUUCGUGCACGUUUAUCUUUAAAUUUAAAGUAUUAAAAUGUAUUUUCUCUUGUUUACUGUAAUGCCAAAGUAAGCGGCUAUGUGCCAAGUACAUAACAGUUUGAACGAGUCCUCCACAACAGCACAUUGGGUGUGUUAAAAUCACCAAGCUAAUCGGUAAAACUUCACUGUGCCUAUUGUUUGCUAGCGUGCUAACACGUUAGCCAGCGGUCUGUCGCUGAAUAGAAACAAACUGUUUUUGUUACUUUUCGGGGCUAAAGUCGCUCCCAUUGGGAGGACGCUGUGUGUGUAUGUUUUGCUAACCAGCCGCGAUUACGUUCAGGGGCGAGGCAAGCGCCCUGUUGGUUCAUUCGCAUUCAUACUUGAUGGUUACUCACUGCUGAACCUGUGAGGAAUCAACAGCAGCAUGCCAGAAAUCAAGAUCAAGCACGUCGUGUCUUGCAGCACUGAAGAUACUACUCAUAAGGCAGACAACCUGCUGAGCUCUGACACCUACCGAAAGUGGAAAGCAGCGAGACCUGGGGAGAAGCAGACAUCAGUUAUUCUGCAGUUCGAGAAGGAGGAGCAGGUGCACAGCAUCGAUAUUGGAAAUGAAGGUUCAGCUUUCAUCGAGGUGUUGGUUGGAAAUUCCUCAGCUGUCAGAGAUCAGGACUAUGAGGUUCUUCUGGUUACAUCUUCCUUCAUGUCCCCAACGGAGAGCCGCAAUGGCACCAACAUGAACCGGGUGCGUUUCUUUGGGCCUAACCAGUUGCAGAAGAGCACAGCACAGGAGAAGUGGGACAGAGUGAAAAUUGUGUGUAGCCAGCCAUACAGCAAGAACAUAGCGUAUGGACUGGCCUUUGUUAAGUUACAUUCACCACCUGACAAAAAUGAUCCUCCUCCAACAACUUCCCCAAAACUGACAAAGCUGGGUCAGUUCAGAGUGAAGGAUGAGUCUCCCUCAUCUGGGCCCAGCCUUCAGCCUGGCAGUCUCUUCUUCAGUCGGGACAAUGCAACAAAAUCCAGUACUUCACUCAAAGUGUCUCCUCAGAGUGAGAAGUUGAGUUACGCAGCUGCUGCCCUGCAGGCUGGUGGCACCCCCCACUCGUCAGGCCAAGCUUCCUCCUCCAUCUCUGCCUCACCACAGCCACCGGCAAAAAGAAAAUUUGAGUUCAGCAAAGAGCGGCAGUCUGGCCCUCCUCCCUCAAAGAAAAUAAGCCCAGCUGUCUCUCCCGAGGGCAAAGCUGCGACCCCCAAACACAAGCAGAGCCCAGCCAGCACGCCCAGCCCCAGUGCUGCGAAAGCUUCCGUGGCACAGAAGUCCACUGAUAAGAAGAGAGAGAGUCAGUCCAAAUCCGAACCUAAACCCAAACAACAGAAAACGAAAUCCGAGGGCUCGCAGCAGGUCCCAUUCAACCGCAUCAUGGAGGGGGUGGUUUUUGUCCUGAGUGGCUUCCAAAAUCCAUUCAGAGGAGAGCUGAGGGAAAAGGCUCUGGAUAUGGGAGCCAAGUACCGGCCUGAUUGGACGCCUGACUCCACACACCUUAUCUGUGCCUUCGCUAACACCCCCAAGUACAGCCAGGUGAAAUCAGCAGGUGGCAUCAUCGUACGGAAGGAAUGGGUGAUGGACUGCCAUAAGAGGAAACAGAAGAUCUCCUACAAACGGUAUUUGAUGGAUGGAGCAGAGUCGAGCUCAGAGAGCGAAAUGGAAGUGGAUGACCAGAGCGAAGAGGAAACGAACACAAAGACUCCACAGAGGCAGGAGAGACAAGUCACCCACAGAAAGACACCAGAAAAGAGGAACAAAGAUGAUGAUGAAUAUGCUGGCUCUACUGAUAUGGAUGAACCAGGAGGUGAUGAUGAUGAAUCUGCCGUGGACACAGAGGAUGAGCUGCAGAGAGUGAAGGAGAACAGACAAAAGAAAGCGGAGGUGAAGGUGGUGAAAGAGGAAGAUCCAUACGGGGGAUCAACAGAUGAAAACACAGACGCUGAGGCUGAAGAGGAUCAUCCCAUCCCUGAGCUACCAGACUUCCUGAGAGGAAAGCACUUUUUCCUUUAUGGUAAAUUCCCUAACAAUGAGAGACGCCUACUGUUGCGAUACAUCGUCGCCUUUAACGGAGUGAUUGAGGACUACAUGACAGAGAAGGUGCAGUUCGUGGUGACCAGCGAGGGCUGGCAUGACUCUUUUGAAGACGCCCUGAUGGAGAACAGCAAUCUGAACUUUGUCAAACCCGCGUGGAUUUACGCAAUCAACGAACGACAGAAGAUGCUGCCCUAUCAACCCUACUCUGUUGUCCCCUGAACAAUACACUGCAUGUACACACAACAAAGGUGUGUGCAGACACACACUUAGGCUUCAUAUCCUGAUAAAGAAGCAGUGGGGAAAGCCAUAGACAUUUUUUUUAUUUUCCUUUUUCAGAUUCACCGCUCGAGCAAUAAACCAAUUCCAGUUCAUUGAUGACUUUUUGCUUGCUAGUCAGGAAAUGUCUUCAACCCUUGUUCAGUUUACAUAAAAGUAAAGUUUUCACCACAGGUGUUCUCACUUUUUGAUCAAGCUAUAUAAAAUAUCUAUGUAAGUGGUGUCUGCUGAGGUUAAUUAGUGUUAGGAUAAGAUUUAGCUUUAUUAGCUUUUUUUUUUAUUUGAAGCUUGUCAGUCCUGGCUUGGCCACAAACUAACACCAUCAUCAGUGUUCAUCGCAGUGUCUUUGGCUUUACGCAGGAAGCCCACACUCUCUGAUUCAGGACUUGUUUGAAUUUCUUGGUUCCUGUGCUGCAGUUUGCCGCUGCUCACCUCGGCUACCUCAGGCUCUGUCUGGAAAUGAGUUAUCACCCUGUCCUGACUGCCAGCAGCGCUGAUAAGACUCUGACUUGUGUAAGCGGGCAGACUAUUAUAAGACCAGCCCAAAGUCAGGUGAAAGGUGCCAGUUAUUCAAGGCUGCAACCACCAAAUGCAAAAAUGAGGGCAACUAAAUUCUGAAGAUGAAACUGAAGACUCUGGGACUGGGUUUGUUUUUCCUUUUUUUUAAUGUUAUGAAAUGCCAUGCGUGACAAAGUGAUGGAUUUCUAUGUGUUGUUAAAGUUUGAUAAUGCUGAAUUUGUGGUUUGGUUUUAUUCAUGUUAAAUAUUACAAGAGAUGAACUGACUCGACAGUUGUGAGGACAUAAAACGGACAUCAGUGUUUUGUGUAGCUUGAGAUUUCCGAAAUGCCUGUGGGCAUCAUGUGGGGCUUUGGUUUGCUCACUUUUCUAUAGCAGCUUGUUUAAGUCUCUAUCUUAAACUUUUUUUCUUAUAGUAAUUAAUUAUUUUGUCUAAAUAAUAAAAAAAAAAAAGAUUUUUAAUUAAAUGUAUUGCUGUCACUUUUAUUCAUCAAGCUGUUUUUGCACUUAGCUGCUCUCAUCCCUUCCUAUGCCUUCCUCUCUGUGUUUGCAGCUCAAGAGGCACUCUCUUCCUUUUCAUUCCUUCUCUCAUCUCCAGCCCUCUCUCCUCUCUCUAAUUUACUUCUCCUCCUGUUUUGCGCCCUGGAGCCACUGGGUCUUCUGCUCUUCAGUCAAGGGGAUUAGAAAGCUGGAAUGUGGAUGAGAGACAGGGAAGGAGGGGUGGUUAUAGGGAAGAGAGAGAGAGGCUUCAAGAAAGAUGAAAAGGGUUGGACUCUCAGCAAGGAUGCAUUUUUAAAGUAGCCAAGGAUCAGUCUGUUUUAUUCUACUUCUUGUGUAAGGUGAAUUCACACAUACAUACCACCAAGUGUGAGGCGUGUUGCCGUUUCCUGCAACUUCAUAUCAAGCACUGAUUUGCUUUUCGUAAAAGGGAGAGUGCAAGGUCAAAUCCUUUUACGUCUGGAAGCAGGAAAAUGUGCAGCAGCUAACGGCAUCAUCCUGAUACAAUGUCAUAUUUCAUUUAAAUGCCUAUCUGUUGUCAGGGUGGCAUGGAGGCUGGGCUGCUUUGAAACUGCCCCAUUUGACAGCUCGGCUUUGUUCACACAGCAGCGUUUCCACCUUAUUCUUGUCACCUUGAUCUCUUCCAGGCAGAUUUAUUUUUUGCUUUUAGCAUUUUUAUGUCUCCUGUGAAUCUUGGCAAUGACCUUGCCUGAUGAAAACCUUGAUAAGCUAGCCAAACCUUGUUUGGUUCUGUGGUUCCUCAUCCUCAUUAUCACAGAUGCACAUUAUUGUGUCUUCAGGUGAUAAAUGUUUUUUUUUUUUUUUCUGUAAUUAUUAUAAGAUUUCAUUUCUUUAUUCCUUGUAAUAGUUUUUGUGUUUUAUGUUUUCCCUCUUUCCAGCUUUGUGUUGUUCUUUCUACAGUGUUGAUAUGUAGAAAGCGUGUGCAAAAACAUUUUAUUUUCUGUCUGUAAUUAAUUUAGAUCACUUUUGUAAUGAUAUGUUUUCUCUUUGACCUUAAAGGAACACAUUAAAUCUACUUUAAUUCAGUGUUAUACGACAAUAAAACAUGAAAAUUUACAAGGUGGGUUCAGUAGUGUACACUAACGUUUUUCUUCAAACCAACCACCUCCUGUCGCUGAGGCCUGAGUGAGCUCUUCAUUCUACUGAGAUCACAUUUUCUCUAAGUUUCUGUGAUAUCCUUCAGUCAAAAAAAAAAGCCAA